AUGAAUAACAAGUCAAUCAUUGCUAUUAUUGUCUUGUUGAUAUUGGCAACAACAACACCAGCUCUAUGUGAUAUUUGGUCAAACUGUGGAACAGCAAAUGAUCACUUCCAAAUCCAGAAAGUAGUCAUCACUCCAGACCCUCCUGUAAAGGGUCAGUCACUCAAUGUUACUGCCACUGGUCAAUUGAACGAAGCAGUCACUGGUGGUAACGCACAUCUGUUGAUCAAGUAUGGAUUCAUAACGAUCAUCAAUCAGAAUGAGGAUAUAUGCUCUAUUCCAAACAGUCCAUAUCAAUGUCCAAUUUCAGCUGGCGACUACCAGAGAUCGGUCAUUGGCAACAUCCCAUCAAAUGUGCCAUCGGGCAAGUACACUGGAAACGUCGUCUUUACCGAUCAGAACAACCAAGAGAUCGCCUGCAUCAGCCUCGACUUGACCUUGUAG